UCUCACACAGGAAAAAUUUACUUUGAAGCCUCACGUUGGAGUUGGUCUAUUACAAAAUUUGAUUUAUUCUUGCUGAAGGCCUAAUUUGCACUUUGGGAUUGGAAGAUUGGAUUCUAUCAUGAUGAACGAUGGUGGAAUACCAAAUGGAAGGUCCACAAGGUUUAUUUUAAUUGUCUUCUCUCUGACUAUCAAAAGUUGCAUUGGAUUUUCACUGAGGAACUGUCGAAUCAGUUCCAACCGGGCCAUUUGUUCGGCCAGCAACCUCCAAGCGGUUCCUCGGGAUAUCACACCAUCAGUCAACGAGUUUGACUUGUCAAAGAACAAAAUAUCCAAAAUACGAUUCAGUGACUUCAGAAAUUACACAGCCCUGCUAGAGUUAAAGUUAAAUUGCAACAUCAUUUCACAAAUAGAAGAAGGAGCCUUUGCCGACCUGCGCUCGCUCCAGAGGAUGAAUCUGAAUAAUAACCAGCUGACACAACUGGGGGACAUUUUUGAUGGUUUGAGCAACCUAACUGAGCUGAGAAUCAACAGCAAUAACAUCAAAACUGUGCUGUCGUCCUCUUUUAAGCCCCUGAGGAGAUUGACCUUUCUGGACCUGUCCUACAACAAACUGCAGAAGCUGUUAAAUGUUCAUCACGCAAUACAACAUCUACCAAAUCUGCGGUAUCUGCUCAUCAGAAAUAUCAAUCUAAGAAUUUUUCAGUCUUGGGAACUGACCAACAACACGGUGGGCCUCCAACACCUCGAUUUAUCUCAGAAUUCCAUUGAUGUUUUCAGCGUCGCCGCAGAUGUUUUCCAAAACCUAACGUUGCUAAACAUUAGCGUUCCCCCAAGAAAGCAGAAGAUGAAAUGGGACCUUCAUGAGCAAACACUGCUCAGCCGAGUGUCCACCCUCGAUAUUGGCGGGACUCACUUGGAAGACAUAACAGCGUUUUUCGAGAGCUUCAAUUUUUCAUUGAAUUCUGUGAUGAUAAAAACAACCAAACACGAUCUUAAAGAGCUGCUUAGCAUCUCCUGCACCAUCCCUACACUAACUCAGCUCCAAAUCAGACACAACAACCUCAAUUUGGUGGAUUCAGAUCUGCUUCAGCUGUGCUCCAAUGUCACCAAUUUGGAUCUAGCCUCCAAUCGCAUCCAAAGCAUCUCCAAAGACUCUUUCAGAGCCCUUCAAGCUCUAGAGGUGUUGCGUCUGAACUUCAAUGUGCUCUCCUUCGUCCCACUUGCCAUUAGAAAUCUGACAAGCCUUCAAGAACUGGACCUGCGCUUCAAUAACAUCAUUUCUCUUGGUUGUCAUAACUUUGCCAAGUUGGGCAAACUCAGGGUGCUCAGUCUCUGCCACAAUUUCCUCACGACCAUAAGGCAGUGCAUCUUCCAGAAUCUGACCAACCUUCAGGUCCUGAAUAUGCAGAAGAACCAAAUCAGACGACUGGAUUAUGCUUUUAAAAGAUGCUUCCCAAAUCUCAUUAAGCUGCGACUGUACGGUAAUCAACUCAGCACAAUUGAAGACGGAGAGUUUGAGAGCUUGCGGUCUCUUCAGUACCUGGCACUGCACGGGAAUCAUAUCAACAAGCUGGAAAAAGGCUCUUUUAGGGGACUGACGAUGCUCACAGAUAUCCUGCUGCAAUCCAAUGACAUCAGAGAAAUAAACCAGGAUGUGUUCAAUGAUCUCAUUAACUUAAGAAGGUUGCAUUUAUUGGAUAAUCACAUCAAAUACCACUCUACCGCAGCUCUGCCAAAGCCGCCAUUCUCACGCCUUUCUAGCCUGGAGACCCUCAUCAUGUCAGGCCAACACAGCAGGCUCAAGAACUACUUACCUCGUAACUUCCUGCAAGGUUUGACCAACCUCUCGGUCUUUGACACCAGGAACGUCCAGCUCUUGUCCUUGCACCAAGAUAUGUUCACAUACACGCCACGUCUGCAGAAGCUUGACAUCAGCUCAAAUGACCUCGGAGAUGUCUCGCCACAUUUGUUUGAUCCCAUCCCGAACCUUCGAAGCCUCUACAUUUCCAGAACAAGUCUUCAGUCGCUAGAUUUUUUAAAGGAGGCCAAUCUUACAAAGCUGGAGUUCCUGCAAGCGCGAAAGAACCAAUAUUCAGUCAUCACUGAGGAACAGCUGGACUCUCUCCCUGCUCUGGUUUAUCUGGAUCUUCAAGGCAACAGUUUCAACUACCCCCCGGACCUUAAAGGCACCAAGCUGCUGAGCCUUGACCUCCGAUCCUGUUCCGUGGACAUAGAGUUCCUCUACUUCAUCUCCACCACAUGUGCGAUCCUCUCGUUCAUGCUGACAACCUUUAUCUACCAUUUCCUGCGAUGGCAGCUGGCUUACGCCUAUCACCUCUUCUUGGCUUUGCUCUACGAGAGGAAGCACAGGAACGCGCAGCCUCGGUGUCUGUACGACGCCUUUGUGUCCUACAACGCCCACGAUGAGCCCUGGGUCUUCAGAGAGCUGCUACCCAAACUGGAGGGGGAACAGGGCUGGAAGUUGUGUCUGCACCACAGAGACUUCCAGCCAGGGAAGCCCAUCAUUGACAACAUCACUGAGGCCAUCUACGCCAGCAGGAAGACAAUCUGUGUGAUCAGCCGGAGAUACCUGGAGAGCGAGUGGUGCUCCCGGGAGAUUCAGGUGGCCAGCUUCCGCCUGUUUGACGAGCAUAAGGACGUCCUGAUCCUGGUCUUCCUGGAGGACAUCCCCGUCUGUGAGCUGUCUCCCUACUACCGCAUGAGGAAGCUGCUGAAAAAGCGGUCCUUCCUAAGCUGGCCUCGGGCAGCACAGUGCACUGACCUGUUUUGGGAGAAACUCCGCCAGGCUCUGACGGCCAAAGAAGAUCCAGGUGGUGAAAUGCUGCUGCUGACUGUAGAUGACGAUGACGAGUGGGGAAGAUUGGACUCUCUCACGAUGGAAGAUGGUGGAAUACCAAAUGGAAGGUCCACAAGGUUUAUUUUAAUUGUCUUCUCUCUGACUAUCAACAGUUGCAUUGGAUUUUCAUUGAGGAACUGUCGAAUUAGUUACGACAGCGCCAUUUGUUCGGCCAGCAAACUCCUGGCUGUCCCACGUGACAUCCCGCCAUCGGUCAGAGAGUUUGACUUGUCCGUGAACAAAAUAUCCAAAAUACGAGUCGGCGACUUCAGAAAUUACACAGCCCUGCUAGAGUUAAACUUAAAGCGCAACAUCAUUUCACAAAUAGAAGAAGGAGCCUUUGCCGACCUGCGCUCGCUCCAGAGGAUGAAUCUGAAUAAUAACCAGCUGACACAACUGGGAGACGUUUUUGAUGGUUUGAGCAACCUAACUGAGCUGAGAAUCAACAGCAAUAACAUCAAAACUGUGCUGCCGUCCUCUUUUAAGCCCCUGAGGAGAUUGACCUUUCUGGACCUGUCCUACAACAAACUGCAGAAGCUGUUAAAUGUUCAUCACGCAAUACAACAUCUACCAAAUCUGCGGUACCUGAUCAUCAAAAAAAUCGAUCUCAGAAUUUUUCAAUCUUGGGAACUGACCAACAACAUGGUGGGCCUCCAAUACCUCGAUUUAUCUCAGAAUUCUAUUGAAGUUUUCAGCGUCGCCGCAGAUGUUUUCCAAAACCUAACGUGGCUUAACAUUGGUGGCCCCGCAAGGAAGCAGAAGAUGAAAUGGAACCUUCAUGAGCAAACACUGCUCAGCCGAGUGUCCACCCUCGAUAUAGGUGGCAUUCAAUUGGAAGACAAAAGAGCGUUUUUCGAGAGCUUCAACUUUUCACUGACUUCUGUGAGGAUGAACGCGAUGAAACACAACCUCAAAGAGCUGCUCAGCAUCUCCUGCACCAUCCCUACGCUGGCUCAGCUCCAAAUCAGACUCAACAACCUCAAGCUGGUGGAUUCAGGGCUGCUUCAGCUGUGCUCCAAUGUCACCGAGUUGGAUCUAGCUCAAAACCGCAUCCAACAAAUCUCCGACGACUCCUUCAGAGCUCUUCAAGGUCUGAAGAGCUUGAGUCUCAGCCGCAAUAACCUCCCACUGGUCCCGCCCGCCCUUCGGAAUCUGACGUUGCUUCUGGAACUGGACCUGAGCUCCAACAACAUCACCUCUCUUGGUUGUCACGACUUUGCCGAGCUGGGCAAGCUCAGGGUGCUCCGUCUUUACCAGAACUUCAUCACGAGCGUAAGGCAGUGCGUCUUCAAGGAUCUGAGCAACCUUCAGGUCCUGAAGAUGCAGACGAACCAAAUCAAGAGACUGAACGAUGCUUUUAAAAAAUACUUGCCAAAUCUCAGACAGCUGCUACUGGACAGGAAUAAACUCACCACGAUUCAGGACGGAGAGUUUGAGGGCUUGCGGUCUCUUCAGAACCUGACACUGCAUGAGAAUCAUAUCAACAAGCUGAAAAAAGGCUCUUUUAGGGGACUGACGAUGCUCACAGAUAUCCUGCUGCAAUCCAAUGACAUCCGAGAGAGCGAGAUAACCCAGGAUGUGUUCAAUGAUCUCAUUAACUUAAGAAGGCUGGUUUUAUCCGACAAUCACAUCAAAUACAACACGAAUGCAGCUCUGCCAAAGCCGCCAUUCUCACGCCUUUCUAGCCUGGAGACCCUCAUCAUGUCAGGCCAACACAGCAGGGGCAAGAACUACUUACCUCGUAACUUCCUGCAAGGUUUGACCAACCUCUCGGUCUUUGACACCAGGAACGUCCAGCUCUUGUCCUUGCACCAAGAUAUGUUCACAUACACGCCACGUCUGCAGAAGCUUGACAUCAGUGCGAAUGAGCUUACGGAUGUCUCGCCACAUUUGUUUGAUCCCAUCCCGAACCUUCGAAGCCUCUACAUUUCCAGAACAAGUCUUCAGUCGCUAGAUUUUUUAAAGGAGGCCAAUCUUACAAAGCUGGAGUUCCUGCAAGCGCGAAAGAACCAAUAUUCAGUCAUCACUGAGGAACAGCUGGACUCUCUCCCUGCUCUGGUUUAUCUGGAUCUUCAAGGCAACAGUUUCACCUGCGACUGCGACAACGCCUGGUUUGUCCAGUGGGUAAACGACACCAAAACACAAGUUUAUGACGCCUAUAACUUUGUAUGCAACUACCCCCCGGACCUUAAAGGCACCAAGCUGCUGAGCCUUGACCUCCGAUCCUGUUCCGUGGACAUAGAGUUCCUCUACUUCAUCUCCACCACAUGUGCGAUCCUCUCGUUCAUGCUGACAACCUUUAUCUACCAUUUCCUGCGAUGGCAGCUGGCUUACGCCUAUCACCUCUUCUUGGCUUUGCUCUACGAGAGGAAGCACAGGAACGCGCAGCCUCGGUGUCUGUACGACGCCUUUGUGUCCUACAACGCCCACGAUGAGCCCUGGGUCUUCAGAGAGCUGCUACCCAAACUGGAGGGGGAACAGGGCUGGAAGUUGUGUCUGCACCACAGAGACUUCCAGCCAGGGAAGCCCAUCAUUGACAACAUCACUGAGGCCAUCUACGCCAGCAGGAAGACAAUCUGUGUGAUCAGCCGGAGAUACCUGGAGAGCGAGUGGUGCUCCCGGGAGAUUCAGGUGGCCAGCUUCCGCCUGUUCGACGAGCAUAAGGACGUCCUGAUCCUGGUCUUCCUGGAGGACAUCCCCGUCUGUGAGCUGUCUCCCUACUACCGCAUGAGGAAGCUGCUGAAGAAGCGGUCCUUCCUGAGUUGGCCUCGGGCUGCCCAGUGCACCAACCUGUUUUGGGAGAAGCUCCGCCAGGCUCUGAAGGCCCAAGAAGAUCUGGGUGGGGUAAUGCUGCUGCUGACUGUAGACGACAGAUUGCGGCGAUGAUGGAUUAGUGUGUCUAAACUUCAAUUUGAAAAUCCAAUGAAUUCAAAUUCACUGUUGCAUGUUGAUCAACAAACAAGCCAACUCUUCUACUACACAAAACAACCCACAAAGUAUGCAUUUGUGUCAUGAUCCUCAACCUUUGAGGAUGCAUGUAAGCUAGCAUGGCUUCCAAAGCGUUUUGACCACAACCCAUUGGGGGCGCCACUAAAUAUUACCAUUCAGACACCAACAGACACGGGUGGUAUUAAAAUGUGUUUAAUAAAUUAUCAGGCAGUAGCUUUUCCAACAUUUGAGAACUCCAGUGAACAUAAUCAUGUGCGGACGUUACAAAGUAUUCCAAAUCCAACUCUUUGCUCUUCAUAAAACAUAGCUUAUCUGACCGUGUGUAUCUUUGCCGCAGAGGAAGUGAAGCACAAAUGAUCGCAAGUAAAUAUUGCGUUUAUGCUGCAGUGGUGGUCAUAUUGGCUGCAAACAUCCGCUGGGUGGCCUCUGUGCUCUUCCUCCUGCGCUCACUACCAGGCAAACAACAUUUGUUGGACGUUUGUUUUCCAUGUUUUAUUCGAGAAGACACAAGCUGAAAUGUGCAGUGGCGUUGUAUACUCACUCGAUGCACCUCAUCCCUCUUUGGGUCGAGUCCUUGGACGGGUCGGCGCACAAGAACUUUCUGCGCAGGUGGAAGCUGGAAGGACCAGAAGGAGCAACCGUGGGAAUGAGUGCACUGGAGGAAUUUCGGCUUGUUGAUUAACCCCCAGUUACAUUUUUUUUUUUUACUGCACACGCCCUGGCCAAAGUGCCCCCAUGACAGCAGCCGGAGAACUUGUCUGUCUUGUUUUUACAGGAGCAAAAAAAAAACACUAUAUGUGACAGUUUUAUGUUUAUUAUUUUGAUUCAUUCAUUAUUAUUAUUAUUUUUCAAUAUAAUUGUAUGUUUUUUAAUAUAGUAUCAUAAUAUAUGUAAUAGAUUUUUGUUACAUUUUUUAUAUAAUUUUAAUAUUACUUUUUGAUAUAAUACCAUGUAAUAUAAUAUAUUUUUAUA